GGAGGACUGAGCUCCCCCUUCAUCGACCUCGUCCCUUCCCACCGGCCACCGCCAUGGCUUUCAGCUUCCCAUGGCUCAAGAACCCCGCCUCCACAUCGACCACAAACCCUAGCCCCAGCGCCCGCAACCCGUUCCUCCCCAUCCAGACCCACCUCACCUCCUUCCUUUCCUCCCUCCCCUUCCCACGGCCCAUCCCAUCCCUCUCCUCGCCGCCGCCGGCGGCGUCCGCGGCGGCUCUGCCAGCUACCGAGAUAGAGGACCGUCUCGCCGGGGUGCCCGUCUACGCUCUCGCUAACUCCUCCCAGGAGUUUGUGCUCGUGUCCAAGACCCACGGCGGUGGCGGCGCGACGCCGCCGCCGGCGCUCGGGAUGCUCUGCUUCCGGAGGGAGGACGCAGACAUGCUCCUGGCACAGAUGGACGGCGACAUGCGCGCUGGCUCCACAGUCGUGCCCGUUGCGCUCAACAAGGUUAUCCAACUGAAGUCGGAUGGUGUGGCAUUUCGAUUUCUCCCUGAUUCUUCUCAGGUGGCUAAUGCAAUUAAGUUGAUGCAAGACGAAGGGCAAUAUUUUAACGAGGGAUUUCCAGGAGUUCCUGUCUUCCAGUCAAGGAGCCUUGUCCUGAUGAGUGAUAACAAGAGAUAUCGUCCAGUUUUCUUCAGAAAGGAGGAUUUGGACAACUCACUGCACCGAGCAUCUCGUGACCAGCAAAAGCCCAACCCAGUUAUUAGGAUUGGUGAAACACAGGUUUCUUCUUUGGAAGAUAUCAUCAGAUCUAUGAAGGAUAGCUCCUCCUCAGAAUGGGAUGAUGCCGUUUUUAUUCCUCCAGGAUUGGACGUCGCUACUAUCUCAAAGCCAUCACAUGCCAACAAUUAGAUCUUUUUGUGAAUUGAGAGUUGAAGCUGGCCAGCUUGUAUUGUCUAGAAACUAAAAUAUAGUACUUAAUCAUGGUCACAUUAGAAGGAAUAGUACUCCGUAUGAAUUUUCACCCCCUUCA